AUGGCGCCUACCUACAAGCCCGACCCAAGAAACUACUCAAUCGCCGUAGUAGGAGGCGGCAUCGGCGGUCUCUGCACAGCAAUAGGUCUUCUCCACCAAGCCAUCAACGUCACAAUCUACGAAGCUGCAUCGCGACUCUCCGAGCUCGGCUUCGGCGUUUCGCUAGCCCCCAAUGCCACCCGCGCCCUCCAACUCAUCGAGCCAGCAAUGUAUGCAGGCUUCUUGAAAGCACGAACGAACAACGCCUGGCCCGAUCGUCAGCAGUUCUGGUUCUCGUUCCGCGCGGGCGAGGAGAGUAUGAGUGACGGGCAGAAUUACGGUAAGAGGUUCUUUGACCAGCAUUGUGAGACAGGGCAGAGUAGUGUGCAUCGUGCGAAUUUUCUGGAUGAACUGGUGGCUCUUGUGCCUAAGGAGAUCGCGAGGUUUGGUAAGAGGUUGGUAGAUCUGGAGGAUAAUGGAGAGGAUGUGACUCUCCGUUUCGCAGACGGUUCAACAGCUCGACACAGUGCAGUGAUCGGCUGCGAUGGCAUCAAGAGCGUGGUACGACAGUUUGUACUUGGGAAGAACGAUCCAGCGACGUACCCUGUCGUCAGCGGCAAGUACGCGUAUCGCGGCCUAGUGCCCAUGGAAGAAGCCGCAGGCGUCUUGGGGGAUGAGCUUGCCAGAAACUCACAGAUCUACGUUGGGCACGGUGGGCACAUCCUGACGUUCCCGAUCCAGGGCGGCAAAACGAUGAACGCUGUAGCCUUCGGGACGAAAGAGGACGGUGAGUGGAGACACCCCGAGUGGGUGAUACCGAUGGAUAAAGAGGCUAUGCUUGAGGACUUCAAGGGCUGGAUAGCACCAGCUCAGCAGAUUCUCGGCUUGAUGAGGAAAGGGGACAUUUGGGCUCUCUUCGACCACCCACCCGCUCACACCUACACGAAAGGCCGUGUCUAUUUGCUUGGCGAUGCAGCUCAUGCCUCGACUCCACACAACGGCGCAGGUGCAGGCCAGGCUGUUGAAGACGCCCUGAUACUGGCGCAAGUUAUGGCACUUGUCUACAAUAAGAAGGACAUACCGAGAGCGCUCUCAGCCUACGACAAGGUGAGGAGGCCGCGAAGCCAGCGACUUGUGAAGGAGUCGAGGGUGACCGGAUUGCUGUAUGAUUUGCAAGCACCGAAGGUUGAAGAUGAUUUGGAGAAGGUCGCUGCGAGUCUGAAAGUCAACAAAAUCUGGCUCUGGAACCAUGAUCACGAAGCUGAAAUCAAGAAAGUGCAGCAAGUCUUCCUCGAGGAAUCUGCUAAGCUAUAG